GUCCAACGUCAAGUCCGGGAUUCGUGACCGCGCACACGCGCAUGCUGCCUGUGCGGGGGUGCCAGCUCACGGUAGGCAUGUUACCUCAUCACCACCGACUCAGUGGGCUCGACAGCGUUUAAGGAGCGAGCUUACCCCCAGCAAACAGGAUUGUGUACGGAGAAGGGAAAUCUCCUCCUUGCUCUUUCCCCAACGACAAGUGCUCCUUUGCCAGGAAAGCCCUCGGUCCUUUUCUUGGAAGAAUACGCUGGUGCAUAGUUUGUGGGUUAUUUACCGUUUUGCUCUCCGGGGGCAUAGACCUACGCACUGCAUAUCAUCGUGCGCAUCAACCAAGCAAUUUCAUCGUCAGCUGAACAGAGCUUAUUUGUAUCGAUUGCUGAACGCUGACAAGGUCGGCAAACAUGGCCUCAUCCCUCAAGCUGGUCUGGGUAGCGGUGUUGCUAGCCGCUAUGGUGACGUCAUGCAUGGUCCGAGCUGCCCCCACAGGUGCCCAGGAGCAGGAUGUGGAGAAGUUUGAAGAAGCUGUGGUAGAGGCAGAAAAAGGAGGAAACCUUGGGGAAGUGGAGGAAGCUGUUGAAGAUGCGUUAGCCGAAGACGAAAAGAUAGACAAGGAAGAGAUAACUUUAGCCAGAGAUGACCCAGAUGCCACCCUCAGGGAAGAUGAGCAAGAAAAGGAAGAGAUAGUGGAGGAUGCAAUGGAUGAGGUCAUCAACGAGGGCAAGGAAGAUGUCAUUGAGGACUUGACAAAAAACAUCAUCGAUGAUGACGAUUCCUUGGACCCCGAUGAUGUCAUAGUCACGGGGAGCAGCAGCCAGCCAGAUGCCAGUGACUACCUGUGGGAACCAUCUUACGACAAUUCAGAAAUCGAGCUCUACCCCUGGUUAUUCCACGACCCCCCUAACGACCCAAGUCAGUGGUCCAGCAACUUUGAAAUCUUUGAUGAGGAGUACCUCCCCUACUAUGAAUCCAGUUACCAACCUAUGAAUGAGGCUGAAGACAACCGCCUUGACAACCACCUCAGCUUGAACAUACUUCAGGGAGGCUUCAAUGGUGUCCCUGGGGAGGAGCUGAAUAACAAAGUGGAACAGACGAUGGACGAGUUUCUUUGCAUGCUGGGGCUGUGCGAUGACAUCAGAGUCUACCCAGAGGAUGAGGAAUGGGAGGAGCCCAAUGAGAUCCGAUUCACAGAAGAGGGCAUGAUGGGCAACAGGAUGGAGGAAGAAUCAGAUGAGAAGGACAUCUACCCAGUUGAUGCCCAAUCUGAAGAUCAGAAGGCAGCCACAAACAGCAGUGCGGAGGCUGAGGUUGAGGAUACAUUGACCUCUCGUGUGAAGCGGGAUGGACAGUCGUCACCAGAGGGUGGCAGACACAGGAGCAAGCGUGACCUGUCGUGGGAUGAGCUUGAGCAAGAUGGUGAUUUACUCAGUAAAAUCAACUCCCUGGACAGGUUGCAUAAAGAACAGGAGGAGGAGGCUGAGGAGGAGAAAGCCCAGGGUGAUCCUAGCUUGACUGCAGCAGACCGCUUUGAGGACCUCCUGCAGUACUUCAAGGAUGAGGCUGCCAAGGCAGAGAAUGAUGGAGAGGAAGAACAGUUCUACCUGGGUGUCCCCGAGCCAGUCCUGAACGAGAUCGUUCGAGAUACCACAAGGGGCGAGAUCCAAAAUGUUAUUGAAGAGGAGGCCUUGGAGGAAGCAGAGGAUUUGGCAGGCAUAGAAGAUGGGAUAGAAGAAGCUGGAGAGUUUGUUGAGGAUGAUGAGGACUUGGAAGAUGGAGAUGCUUGGGGCGCAUACCUUGUUCCAGGGUCACCGUACAUCAAGGACACCCUCAAGUAUGAUGGAUAUAAGCGAGAUGACGAAAAGGAGGCACUGAAGGUGUAUAUUGAAAGCUUGCAGAAUCUUGAAGGAUACCGCAAGAGAGCUGAGCAAAGAGAUGAUGAUUCAAGAUCAGCAGCUAAUCUCCUAAGACAGCUUGUUCCCAGAAGCCCUCCUGAUGCAGUUCGUUACCCUAAAACUGGUCUGGAGCCAUUCUCCCGUGAGAAGUACUUUCCGUUCUUUUCCGGACCCAACGGUAUGGCAGAUGAUAAAGAAAUGACAGACGAUAUCAACCCAGCGACCCUCCUGGAGAAAUACAAUGAGCUGAUGGACUUGUUCAAUGCUGAGCUGGAGGAGGCUGUCCUGAUCUCGGCCCUCAGGGAGCUUGGGAAGGACCAGCAGCUGUUGGAUCAGCUGGCUCAAGAAGAAGCUGAGCAAGACUUGCAGCUGGCUUUGGACGUGAACAACAAGGACAUACUGGAUCUGGUUGGAAUUGGCAGCAGCCGUCCAAUAAAGCGGGCUCCACGCGUCAUUGACUAUAAGGAUUUUACUGAGUACCCUCCUGAGCUUCACCGGCGAUCCCUGCUGGCUCCCAGCAGUGACCUUAACGCUCUGAGUCAAGAGGACCUGAUUAGACUGUACGAGGAGUACAUAAACGAGGCCGCUGAGGAGGCCAAGUGGGGUGACUUCAUUGACGAGCCGCGGGAGAGGCGGGAGGGAGAAGACAGCCUCCCGGGCCCCCAUGGUGCUUACUACGUCCAGGGCCGGAUGCUGGGGAGCCUCAUGAAGCCGAAGCGGGACUGGAAGCUGUCCAGCAAGGACCUCCCUGCAGGUCCACUCCAGGAGGAUUCCGUGGAUAACCCCUAUAUCCUCCUGGAUCCAUCGGACCUCGGCUAUGAGGAGUGGCCAGGUGACUUUGAGAUCUUCUUCGACAUGCGGGACGGGACUUAUGUAGUGUACCCGUAUCCUGAACCCCAAGAUGCAAGUGUUCUAUCCAAUGAUGCCUUACUAGAUGCUCUGGGGUUAUCAGGGAGGAACUUUGUCAAUGAUGCUGCGGGUGAUGUGGAUGGGGAGACAGGAGAUGAGUGGGGAGAUUUUAUAGAUGGGAGGGCUGUCCUGCAGAAUGAUCUGAAGAACAUUCAGGAGGACAUUAACAAGCUGGAGGAUUUGCAGAUUCUCACGGCGAUAGCCCAGGAGCUGCAGAGAGAGGAAGAGGAGGCAGAGGAAGAGGAGGACCUACUCCAGGAGUUACUGGGUGAGUGAAGAGGAAGAAGAUGAGAAACGUGGCACAGGGAAUCGCCCAAAACAGAGCCCUCGCUCUCGGAGAAAACAUCGUCACAAAAGACAGUCAAAUGGUUCCCUCCAACCCAAGGUAUUUAUUGACUGAGAGAAUUUCACAGACCAUCAAUACUUAAUGUCCUGGAAACUCAAAUAGUAUACUGAUAUGAUUGAUUAUAUUGAGAUCAACUGUCAUCAUACAGUUGCUAGUUUAAGUUAAUAGUAGAUAUGAUUUUGUUGAUUGUUGUAGAUCUUGAGCACAGCUUUUUGAACUAAGCACGCACGCUCAGCAAAUUAUUGUUAAUGUUGAUGAUAUAUUUAUGACUUGACUUGGAAAAAAUAUAACAUUCCGAAAAAGGAUUUAUUUUUGAUGUUCUGUAAACUAAGAUGUAUAAUUUAAGUUGAGUGUUUGGUGCAUUUUGGUGAAAUGCUAUUCUGUGUGCAAGUAGGGUUAUGUUUGGGAAAAGGUGCAAUAUCUUCUUAUUGUUUGAAUCUAAACAGGAACUGAAGGGCCAGUGCAAUACUAGUGCUUCACUUUGAGAAAACAAAGUUAGGACAUGAAUAACUCGCUGUGUUCGACGUAACAGUACUUUGAUUUUGAAUGUAGCAGUUUUAUUUUUGUUUCAAAUAGGAGCAGGUCUGAUCAGGGUUUGUAGCAUUUAUUGAUUUUUUUUUGGGGGGGGGCAGGUAGUCAAAGGACUGGGCGGUCAUUCACCAAGACCAGACUAAAAUGAAACUAUUUUGUAUGCAGAGUAAAUACUGUGAUUGUUCUCUCUCCACCUGAUGCACCCAAAGAUUUGGUGACUUUUCAAGUAAUACCUCUGUGGCAUUGUUGUUACGACAGGCGUGUUAUUGUGAGAUGCUAUGACUUUUGAAGGAGAAAAUGAGUUCAGAAAGGUUUAAAUACUGAUUGAUCGACGACUGAUGAUGUCUAAUCAGUACUUUCAUUGGAAACGAAACACCAAUGUUAACUUUGUUCCUCAUACUUUGAUUACUGUGAUAUCAGAAUUGAAGGUUUGAAUACAAACACUUAUUUUUCUCAAGUUCUCUUGCAGGGCUCAGAAAGAGAUUUGAUUGAAUGGUGACAGCCAGUCGCAGAGUUUCUGGGUAUAAGAAAUAAUGCUUGGCUUUAAAUUUGGUUUCAUUUUGUAAUUCUUUAAUUGUUCGCAUUUAUAGGAAUAAACUGCUCUCCUGCAGCAUAUUGACUCAACGAGGGUGAAGCCCAA